AUGGCCUGUAUGAUUGAGCUGCAUUUGCGGGAUUUCGCAACGGAUUUGAAGAAAGCAUCGCAUCCCUCCCAGGGUCACUGGUACAACAGCCUGGCGCGAUUGCGGGACUUGGGUCUGGACAUACCAGAUACUCCGUCUCAUGAUCACAAUCAGAAGAUCGCAGAGUACAGCUUCUGCUGUGUGGACCAGGAGAGCCCGCGGAAGGUCAUUUAUCUAUACCGUAAGUCUGAAUGUCUUCUGUCAAUCUUCAAGAUUCUGACUUUCCCAGCACAGUGUCCGGAUGUGAAGUUCCAGCGUAUCCAGACCGAGUGUACGUCUGAAACCUCGACGCUGAGCCGACUACUCUCGCCACUGCUGGAAUCCCCCAUCUCGAUAGAGUCUAUUUUUAGACUUGAUGAAGGCAUCAAGCUUGUUUACCCGGGUGCAGACUCUGGCCCUAAGUGCCUGGAAUUCAUCACCUUUUACAACCCCAAGCGUCCUAUGAUGCUGUAUCCGUUCCUCGAGCCUUAUUGGCCUGGGGGAUCGUGUGCGGGGCUGGCACACGUCCUAGUGAGAUCGUUCUCUACACAAACCGUCCGUUCAUCCAAGGGAGAAGAAAUUCUAUUUUGUUGCAUCGAGUGGAAGAGCCUUCAGGAUCGUGCAACUCUGUAUGCGGAUCCGAACUUGAGAAAGCAGAUGAAGACUGCCAAUGCAGAGCACCGAGCGGCUGUCAUUCAAGAAAUAGGAAAGGCACAGGAGGAUCUGACGUGGGAAGAGGAUCUUCGGGUCUUUUUUGAAAGUACGGGCGCGACUGCAAUCCGUCGUCAUUUUCUUACUGGGGUAUGGGUGAAUGAAGCAUAUCUGGGCUUGUAUAAGGAUGAAAACCGGAAGCGAAAGGCAUGCGUGAUUCUGUAA